AUGUCCCAGAGGGCCAUAGAUCAGACCGCCCUUGCGCCAUCGUGCUUUGUCGCCACAUCGGCACAUCUCGGUGAACCGAGGAUUCAGGUGGUUACUGCACGUGUUGAUUCAAAAAAGGUUAAACGAGCUAAAAAAUAUCAACGAACACCGCUCGCCUUCUAUCAGGCUCUUUUCUUAGGCGCUUUACUACUGAUUUUAAUACUGGUAUGUGUUGCCGUUGAAACAUGGAGGAGCACAAUUCGUGCUAGUGAUGUAGCAACUCGACAUUCUAAGGAUGAUGAAUCAUAUCAUUUGUCUAUAAUCGAAGAUGUAAAUAAUAAGAUCGGUACUACAUGGAGGGCACGAUAUAACAGGUUUGCCUCACGGGCUGAAGAGGGCCUAGACACGGGUGCUGAUACCGACACAUCUAUAAUCCUUAGAGAAUUCUUCACUCUCGAAGACCGUCAUCUUCUCCAGGAUACAGUUAAACACAUUGAGACAUUAUGGAGGAUGAAAAUUGAUGUUCCGAAGGUGUUUGACGCUCGCGCGGCAUGGCCUACGUGUUGGGCAGUACAUCAGAUAUUUAAUCAGGCCGGAUGUGGAUCGUGUUGGUCAGUAGCAGCAACAUCGGUGAUGUCGGAUCGAGUGUGUAUACAUUCGAAUGGAACACUUCAGCCACAGAUAAGUGCUCUUGAUUUGACAUCAUGCUGCAUGUCCUGUGGAGGGUGUCAAGGAACACACUGGGCUUUAUCAGCGUUUACUUACUGGAAAGAACACGGAAUUGUCUCAGGCGGUUCAUUUGGUACUCAUGAAGGAUGCCGGCCAUAUGCAUUCGAGCCGAGUUGUGGUACACCAUGUGGUUCUGCACUUUACCGCAAGGAACGCACACCUCGUUGUGAACGACAAUGUCAGGGUCUGUAUCACAAGACAUACAAACAGGAUCUUGUUCAAGCAAGACAUGCUUAUUGGUUAAGAGCAAUAAAUGGCAGCUCAGAAUAUAUGCCGGUGGUAAGAGCGACUCUGCACAAGCUUAGUAAGGAGAGGUUUGCCGAACUACUGCAGCGAGAAAUAAUAAGAUAUGGACCAGUACUUGCUUGCUUCACAUUGUAUGAAGACUUUCAACACUACGAAUCAGGCAUAUAUAGAACCGAUGAAGGCCGUUCAUUACAACUUUACGGACAUUGUGCAAAGUUAAUCGGAUGGGGUGAGGAUGGCGGCAUUAAAUACUGGCAGUAUGCUAAUACAUGGGGCCGGGAUUGGGGAGAGAAUGGUUUCUUUCGUAUGGAUAUAAAUGAGAUACCAGAAGAGGUUGUUGCUGGCACAUUAUGA